UCCCGAGGAAGUAUUUUGUUUCGAUGCUAGGGCAGCCUUCAGAUCGUCGACACGCUCACGGAGUCUCUUCUUCCUGCUUGGAAUAUUUCGAUCCAGCGAUUCUUCCAUCCAUCGAUCCACCGCCAGGUUUUCGCGUUCUUGCGAUGGAGGAGCGCGGAUAAUGCAGCCACGCAAUCCCGAUCUUCAUCGAUUGAGCAGCGCUUUUCUUCUCGCCAGGGCUUAGGGUUCUUGAGCUAGCUUCUCCUUCUCUCCUUGUCGCGUCAAAUGCAAGGCGCUACAAAAAUCGCAUUGGCAGCUGCGCUUGGAAAUCUUCUCCAGGGCUGGGACAAUGGCGCCAUCGCCGGUGCACUGCUUUAUAUCAAGCCAGAGUUCCAUUUGGAAGACAAGCCCACUAUUGAAGGCUUCGUUGUGGCUUCCACGCUCCUUGGAGCUGUAUGUAGCACAGUCUGUGCUGGCCCAGGGGCGGACUGGCUUGGAAGGAAGCUGAUGCUCAUCUUAUCGUCGGCACUUUUCUCAGUAAGCUCGUGCGCUAUGCUCUGGUCGCCAAGCGUCUACGCGCUCAUCGCCAGCCGGUUUCUCGUGGGGACUGGCAUUGGACUGGUCGUGACCAUCGUCCCGAUUUACAUCGCUGAGACGGCUCCGUCGGAGAUCCGAGGGCAGUUGGCAACUUUUCCACAGCUCCUGGGAUCUGGCGGGCUGUUCGUCGUGUACAUUAUGGUGUUCUUCCUGUCGCUAACGGCGGAUCCCAGCUGGAGAAUGAUGCUGGGAGUUUUGCUCAUCCCAGCUCUUCUGUACCUGGCGCUGGUGAUAUUUUACUUGCCCGAAUCGCCAAGGUGGCUCGUAAGCAAAGGCCGGAUGCUGGAAGCUAAGUAUGUUCUACAGCGGCUACGCGACAGAGACGACGUUUCAGCGGAGCUCGCUCUUCUUGUCGAGGGUCUCGGUGUCGGUGGUGAGGCAUCACUCGAGGAGUGGCUACUCAAACCCGCACCGGAAGACGUGCUCGAAAACGGUGUCCCGCAAAAACACGAGUCUCAAAUCAAGCUUUACUCACCCGAGGAAGGUAUCGCGUGGAUUGCCACCCCAGUCGUAGAAGAACCGGCUGGCCACUCGCUUGUGCCAACCUUCCCCAGCUUCAGCAUGAAGAGCGUCCAUCUCAUGGAUCCUCUUGUGCAACUUAUCGGAAGUGUACAGCAGACUCAGGAACACCACCAAGCCGUUGAAGGACACGAGCGUGAUUAUCCCGAGGAGCCACAUUUCAAGGAAGAGGAGGACAAGCCACGCGAUAAUGGCUACGAGUCAGACAUGGAAGAAGGGGUGGUGGGAAAUCUCGACGAGUCGAACCUCGAAGCGCCGCUACUUCACAAGCGGUCUGGCGUGUCAAGCAGGGACAACUCGGGAGCCUUUGAGGACGUGGAACAGGGACAUGAAACAGUGCCGGAAAGACGAGGAAGUAGAAGCAAUCUGGUUUCUCGUGGCAGUAUGCACCAUGGAAGCAUGCCGGAGUCUCUUGGAAGUGUGGGAAUCGGAGGUGGAUGGCAACUGGCCUGGCAAUGGUCUGAGCCCGAGCAGGGAACGGGGCAUACAGAGGAAGGCGGCUUCAGAAGAGUUUUCUUGCUGCAGGAGGCAGUGGACGCGUCUGGCCGAAUUGUUGGAUCUACGGCAUCGUUACCAGGAAUUGCCGAAGGGGACUCUAUUCCAGCAGCAGCCAUAAUUGGACACCCAGCGCAGUCGAUGAGGGAUAUCAUCGGUGAGGCUCCAGUUGGCCCUGCCAUGCUUCAUCCUACGCAGACAGCUACGAGCGGGCCUGCGUGGUCGGACAUAUUUGUUGGCGGCGUCAAAAGAGCUCUUAUCGUUGGCUUGAGCUUGCAAGUCUUACAGCAGUUUAGUGGCAUCAACGCUGUGCUCUACUUCAUUCCACAGAUUCUCCAGCAAUCUGGACUAGCUGUUUUACUCUCGGACGCUGGUAUCAACGCGAACUCGGCGUCUAUACUAGGAAGUGCCGCCACGUCCUUGCUCAUGCUUCCAUGCAUUGUGUUGGCCAUGCGCUUGAUGGACCAUUCUGGCCGUCGGCAGUUGCUGCUUUCAACGCUUCCGGUGUUGUUGCUGGCACUGGUGGCCGUGACAUUCUCAAACAACUACCUCCGUGCCGGGCUCGUUCAGGCAGUCAUUUCCUUCCUCAGCGUGACGCUCUACGCUUGCUCGUUCGUGAUGGGAUUUGGGCCGAUCCCAAACAUCCUGUGCUCGGAGAUAUUUCCAACAAGGGUCCGUGGCCUCUGCAUAGCAAUGUGCCAGGCCACAUUCUGGGUGUGCAACAUCAUCGUCACGUACCUCUUCCCGAUUCUCCUCGUCCGACUUGGCCUGGGAGGAGUCUUCAGCCUGUUCGCAUUGGUUUGUCUCGUGUCGUGGAUUUUCAUCUUCCUCAAGGUCCCGGAAACGAAAGGGCUGCCUUUGGAAGUCAUCUCGGAGUUCUUCGCUAUGACCGAUCGCCUCGAAGCCAAGAAAUCGUCAACUUAGGCGCAGGUAACUUGCACUGGAGAGUUUUCGGUUUUAACUUGUGCAUAGUUUAUCCAGGAAAGAUGGAAACACAUCUUUUUCACUCGAGUUUAGGGAGUUUACGUAUGUUCGUACAUAUAGUAACGAAAUAAGAAAACGAUGAUUGAUUCUUGAUU